UGGCCCCCGCGUUUGAGGCCGCCAGUCGGAGAGGAGAAGCAUCGUCAAUGGCGUCGUCACCGCCGGAGAUCCCCAGCGAGGAGCCCACCGGCGCUAAAGCCCUAAUCCACUCCUACUCCAAUCGCAUCUGGAGGUCUCUCCUCGGCUUCUUCCCAUCCCCCGACUCCAGCUUUCUCGCGAAGAUCUCCAAUCUUUAUCCCCGCUCCCAGUCCUCACGAUCUCGCCCGCUGAGAUCCGGUCUUCCCCUUCCUCUACAUGCCAACGCUGUUCGAUCUCAUUUGAUUGCAUCUGAAGAGUCGAAAGCUUUUAUUGUAUUGGAAGAUAUCAUGGAACACAGCUUAUCGAGUUUGCAUGUUAUUCACAAGAGUUUGCUGUUCUGGCAGUCUCUUGCAGAGGGAACAAAGACGCAGAAAGUUUGCUUCAUGAUUUUUAGAAGAGGUCCCAAGGCCUUGGUUAAUGAGACAUGCAAGAUGUUGAGCACCUUGAGAACAAGUGGCUCUCCAAUCCCACAUGUGUAUCAUUCGGCGGCAGAGACUAUAUCGCAAAGAAUAUCUAUAUUGACUAGUUUACAAUGUUGUCUAGCUAAUUUUCUUGCAGAGGUUUAUUUGGAGGUUAACAAAUAUAAGGAUGUGCUGGCUGAGAAUUCAGAGAAGUCAUUACCCUCACUAUUGAUUGCCAUCAACCGACUGUUUUCAAAAUUAGAAGCUUCAAUUAGCCAUCCACCAGAAAUUUACAAGAGUGAUAGUUCCUUCUCUAAGGAUGGAGAUAAAUCAUGUGCAGUUGUUUUCGAAAAAUUACCGGAUGUAGAUGAAGAAUUUUCACAGUGGACUGAUACUGAGAUAAGGGAUGCUACAAACAUGAUCUAUCAAAAUCUUCAAAAAUUAGAUGCAUAUCUUUCUUUUGUGCUCUCUCACAGUCAGAAGCCGGGGAAACUGACUUUAUACUGGUUACGGUAUACAUGUGGAGCUGUUGGCUUGUCUAUAUGUUCAGCAUGGCUCUUACGCCAUAGUAGUUUGAUGGGAAGUUCUGAUAUUGACAAUUGGAUCCGUGAGACAAAGGAAUCAACAGCUGGAUUUUGGAAUGACCAUGUGGAGCAACCACUCCUAGCAAUCAGAGAUGAGCUAUUUGAGACUUUUAGAAGGAGGCACAAGGGUGUCAUGGAAGUUGAAGAGGUGCAGUUGACUGCAAAUUCUCUCCACAGGAUGCUGUUGGCCUUUGGUGAGCAAACAAAAGGUCAAAAGCUACCAGAGAACAUAGCAGACCAGGAACUCCUAGAAAUUGUGAUGUCCAGAUAUGAGAAGGAGGUGAUGCAUCCGCUUCAAAAUCUUCUCAGUGGGGAGCUUGCUCGUGCCAUGCUUAUUCAGAUUCAAAAGCUAAAACUCGACCUGGAGACGGCAAUGCUUGAACUGAAUCAGAUUCUCAGGGCAAAUGAAAUAAAUUUUGCUAUUCUGGCUGCUCUGCCUGCCUUUUUUCUUUCCCUUCUUCUGCUCAUGCUAGUAAGAACAUGGAUUCUGCAGGACAAAGGCGCAGAAGGUAAAGGAAGGAUUGCUCGUCUUCAAAGGAGACUUCUUGUUGUUGAAGUCGAGAAAAGGAUUAUGCAAUUCCAGACCUGUAUUGAUCAAGGAUUGGUGGAAGAAUCGAAAUGCAUGUUCGGAUUGCUGCUGUAUAGCUUGGAUCGAUUGUUCAAAGCGGUAGAGAGACACGCGAAAGAAACCGGUGAAUGGUUAAGUUUGAGACAAGAUAUUGUUGAUCUAGCCAAGCCAGAAUUGAAAACAGAGUACAAACUCGCUGUAACUUCUCGUUUGGGUGGAAUGUAUGACUGCCUGCUUCCUUCCUCCAAACGGCGCUAAAUUCAUCUUUGUUUUGUUUGUCACCUCAAAUUGAUGGCAAAAUUUUUGACUGAAAGACUCUUUUCUGUACUAGUAACUUAUUUUCCCCUUCA